UAACGGCGGGGUGUCGCGUCCCCGCUUUCACAUCCAACAGAAACCAAAAGGGCGCUUUUUUCUGGUCACUUGCAGCUCCAGAGACAUCCCCUCCGGUCCAAUCUCUCUCCGCAUUCCAACAAUCGCGGCAGCUACUACGGCACAGGAACACCCAGCAGCAGAUCGAGUCGCCUCCCAGUUCUCCCAUCCCUCUCCUACCGUGGGCUAAGGUCAACACGUGAGCAGCUCUCGCUUCGAUUGGUCGUUUCUUGGUCCCGCCGGCGCCGUGGUGCUGUUCUUGGUUCCGGCGCGGGCGUGGGUCUGUACUCGCGAUCGCCGCGGUUUCCCUUGUGCGGCUGGGCGAGCAGCUAGAGGAGCUGCCUCCUUUUCCCGCUGCUGUUGUUGCGGUGGAUUCUUCUUCUUGCUCUGCGGCCGUCCAGUUUGCCGCGUCUUGUUGGUCUGGUCAAGCCAGACGCACGCCGGCACCGCGGACAGGCAAGGCCUGCGGCGGCAGACCAGAGCAGAGUAGAGCGGGCAAAGGAAAGAGAGGGGCUGAAGUGCUUUGUUCAGGUGGGACUGUGGUGGCGCUUGUUUCAAGAAUUGCAGCUUUUCGGUAACACUUUUCGCUGUUAACGGAUGGAUGGAUGUGAUUGCAUCGAGCCACUAUGGCAGGCGGAUGAUCUCCUUGUUAAGUAUCAGUACAUAUCCGACUUCUUUAUUGCAAUUGCGUACUUCUCGAUUCCUUUGGAGCUCAUAUACUUUGUCAAGAAGUCGUCGUUCUUCCCUUACCGAUGGGUGCUCAUACAGUUUGGCGCCUUCAUUGUUCUUUGUGGGGCAACACACCUGAUAAACUUGUGGACCUUCAGCACGUAUUCCAAGACUAUAGCGGUUGUAAUGACAGUGUCGAAAGCCGCGACAGCGGUUGUUUCAUGCAUAACGGCAUUGAUGCUUGUGCACAUAAUUCCUGAUUUAUUGAGCGUCAAAUUGAGGGAGAGGUACCUGAAGGAUAAGAAUGAGGAGCUUGACAAAGAGAUGGGGAUUAUAAAAACACAGGAGGAGACAGGGAGACAUGUCCACAUGCUCACACAUGAGAUAAGGAGUACACUUGACAGACACACAAUUUUGAGAACUACACUUGUUGAGUUGGGAAGGACUCUUGGAUUAGCAGAAUGUGCCCUUUGGAUGCCAUCCCGCUCUGGAACAGCCCUUCACUUGUCACAUACAAUCCAUAACACUGCUCCCCUUGGCUUAGUUGUUCCUACCAAUCUUCCGGUUGUUUCAAAGGUUUUUAAUAGUAACCAUGCGGAAAGCAUCCCACAUACUUCCCCGUUAGCUUCAAUAAAGGCUGACACAAGUAGGUAUGUGCCACCAGAGGUCGUAGCUGUCCGUGUUCCACUGCUGCACCUUAGAAAUUUCGAAAUAAAUGAUUGGCCUGAGCUAUCUGCAAAAAGCUUCGCUGUAAUGGUUUUGAUGCUGCCUCCAGACAGUGCAAGAAAAUGGCGCACCCAUGAACUGGAGCUUGUUGAAGUUGUUGCUGAUCAGGUGGCAGUUGCACUGUCUCAUGCCGCCAUUUUGGAAGAGUCCAUGAGGGCUCGUGAUCUACUAAUGGAGCAAAAUAUUGCCCUUGAUGCGGCACGUAGAGAGGCGGAAAUGGCUAUAUGUGCUCGUAAUGAUUUUCUUGCUGUGAUGAACCAUGAAACACGGACUCCUAUGAAAGCAAUCGUGUCUUUAUCCUCCCUUCUUUUAGAAACAGUUCUUACGGCUGAACAGCGCCUAAUGAUUGAGACAAUACUAAAGAGUAGUGAUUUUCUAGCAACUCUUACAAAUGAUGUUUUGGACAUUUCCAAGCUUGGGAAUGGAAGCCUUGAGCUAGAGAUUGCACCUUUUAAUCUGCAUGCCACCUUUACAGAUGUGGUUAAUUUGAUUAAGCCAGUGGCUGCAUGCAAAAAGCUCUCAGUAAUGGUUUCCUUGGCUCCAGACUUACCUGCAUGUGCAAUUGGCGAUCGCAAGCGAUUGAUGCAAAUAUUGUUAAAUAUUGCUGGCAACUCUGUUAAGUUCACAAAGGAGGGUCACAUUUCAAUUACAGCUUCUAUAGCCAGGCCAGAUUCUUUGAGGGACCCAUAUGCUCCUAACGUCCAUCCAGUUCCCUCGGAUGGGUCAUUCUACUUGGUUGUUCAGGUAAAAGACACCGGCCGUGGAAUUAUACCGGAGGAUAUGGCUCACAACUUCAGAAAAUUUGCACACAGUGAGAAUGCAACAGCGAAACGUCACACCGGAAAUGGGUUGGGCCUGGCCCUCUCCAGAAGAUUCGUGAGCCUAAUGCAGGGGGAUAUCUGGCUCGAAAGCGAAGGCAAAGGGAAGGGCUGCACCGCGACGUUUUUUGUGAGACUAGGCACGCCCAGCAGGAAACCGAACGCGAAUCCCCGAAGAAUGAUGCCGUCACCUUUACAACCAAACCAAGGAGGUAGAGGCCCCGGCACUGAUGCUCACAGCAUAUCAAUAAUGGAUGGCGACACAGGGCUCCCUAGAGCCCGCUACCAGUCGAUUGCGUGA